UUUGUAUUGUGGUAAGAGCACUUAACAUGAGAUCUACCCUCUUAAUAAAGUUUUAAGUGUACAGUGUAUACUGUAGGCGCACUGUUGUGUAGACAAUCCAAAAUGUCUGUUAUAGUCUAGCCUUGGAAGUAAUGUAGUACCCCUGCUGCAUAUGCCAUUGGUCACACAGACCUACCCGGAUACCGUGUGCGAAGAGAAGACACAAGAAUGGGAAUUCUGGGGACUUGGGGGCCCUCCUGGGGGCUGGCUCUCACAGAAGUACACAUAUUCUUUUAGCACAAUCCAUGCAGAAGAUGAGCUGGCAGGCUGUUAUUUUUGUGAGAUAUGGUUGCAUUGCAGAUGCUCUGAAGCCAGAGCGCCCUCUCCUCCUCAUCCCUGCCGUCUGAAGGGUUCUGUCACCCACCCCAUCCAGGAGCAAGAUGGCACAGGUCCAAGUGUGGCCUACAGGGCACCAAACACCAGAGGAAGUGGGGCUCUGGGAGGAGAGCAAAGGGUUAAAAAGGUCCAAGAUGAUGUUGAAAAGGAGAGGAAUGGGCAGGAAAGAGAGACCCCAGAGAGGCUGCCCUUGCCAAUCUUGGGAGGAUAAAUAACCACAGCGUGAGUGCCGAGAAUCCAGGUCUGUGGGCUUUCACCAGCAGAUUCUCCAAAGGGACAAAUUCAGAGGCAGGAGAUUUCAGUUCCAAAGCUCCCACCCCCGCCCCCUGGGCGAUUUGUGUGGACUCUCAAGCCUGAAAUAAAGUCCUUUAGUAAAGGACUCUUUAAACAUGCUGCGUGUGUGCCUGGUUUGCUAAUAGCGAGGCUGCUCGGCUGUCCCCUGCACCAUCCCUUCCUUCCACAAUAAGGGAGGUGAUGGGUGAGGCUGCACUUGGACUUCAGAUGAUUGACUUGUAUAUUAUUCUCUGUUCUAGUUCCCUUUGUUUCCUCCAAGACUUUCCCGAACCCUUAUUGAAACAGUGUCCCCUUGUCCCAUCUGUGCUACUCUUAAACAAGGGAUGGGUGGUGAAUGGCAGCAGCGGUUAAGGGGGCCAUCCAGGGAAAUGAGUGCUUAGUGACCCAGCUGCCCCUUCCUGUGCUCGGGUACCCUCGUCACUGGGGACCUUGAAGACAAGCUAGGCUCUGGUUACAUUAAGAAUGACAGCAGUAUCGUUACAGCUGGGUCAAGGACAGCGAGCGAGGCUUUUCUGCAAACAGCCAAGGAGAGGAGAGAGGAAGCCAAGGGGAGGGGCGGGUGUGGAAGACGGGAUGGUAGAUCCGUCCUAGAGCAUCAAGGCCAAACAGACGGUCCCGGGAGGAGACAAAGGCACAGAAGUGAAAUGAUUUUCCCAAGGUCAAGAGAGGCGGCGAUGGUGCCUCUGCAAGCAGUGUUUUUAGCUCUGUCUAGUUCUCCUGCCGGGACAAUGAAUAUACCUUGGCUCCUGUUCUGGGCAGGGAGGAAAGCAAGAAGGUUCUGGGUCUUAGCAACUGUCUAGGAGGCGGAUGAAAAGCCACAUGGACAAUGCAGUGCAAGGCAGACGCCUGAGGGAUGCACAUAGCCACGUGGAAGGAAAACUGGGUAGGCGAUGGUUAAGGAGACCUCGGCCUCCUGGCUCACUUGUGGGCAAGGAGGGCUCCCACUGAGGCACCCACGGAGGGAUUGCUGGAGCUUCUUCAGUGGAGAAGGAAGCCCAGGAUGUGCUGCAGGGUGGAGGCCCCCCUACCCCCACCCCAGGCAGGGAGGAUGCUGGCUGGAGUGGGCAUCCGUGCGGAAGAAGGCCAACAAGCACAAGCCAUGGAUCGAGGCGGAAUACCAGGGCAUCGUCAUGGAGAACGACAACACGGUCCUGUUGAACCCACCACUCUUUGCCUUGGACAAGGAUGCCCCCCUGCGCUAUGCAGGUGAGAUCUGUGGCUUCCGGCUGCAUGGGUCUGGGGUGCCCUUUGAGGCCGUGAUCCUGGACAAGGCAACGGGAGAAGGGCUGAUCCGGGCCAAGGAGCCUGUGGACUGCGAGGCCCAGAAGGAGCACACCUUCACCAUCCAGGCCUACGACUGUGGCGAGGGCCCCGACGGGGCCAACACCAAGAAGUCCCAUAAGGCCACCGUGCACGUGCGGGUCAACGACGUGAACGAGUUUGCCCCCGUGUUUGUGGAGCGGCGGUACCACGCGGCGGUGACCGAGGGGAAGCUGUACGACCGCAUCCUGCGGGUGGAGGCGAUCGACGGCGACUGCUCCCCCCAGUACAGCCAGAUCUGCUACUACGAGAUCCUCACGCCCAACACCCCCUUCCUCAUCGACAACGACGGGAACAUUGAGAACACGGAGAAGCUGCAGUACAGUGGCGAGAAGCUCUACAAGUUCACCGUCACGGCUUAUGACUGUGGGAAGAAGCGGGCGGCUGAUGACGCUGAGGUGGAGAUCCAGGUGAAGCCCACCUGUAAACCCAGCUGGCAAGGCUGGAACAAAAGGAUUGAAUAUGCACCAGGCGCCGGGAGCUUGGCUUUGUUCCCUGGUAUCCGCCUGGAGACCUGCGAUGAACCUCUCUGGAACAUUCAGGCCACCAUAGAGCUGCAGACCAGCCAUGUGGCCAAGGGCUGUGACCGAGACAACUACUCAGAGCGGGCACUGCGGAAACUCUGUGGCGCUGCCCCCGGGGAGGUGGACCUGCUGCCCAUGCCUGGUCCCAACGCCAACUGGACGGCCGGACUCUCCGUGCACUACAGCCAGGACAGCAGCCUCAUCUACUGGUUCAACGGCACCCAAGCUGUGCAGGUGCCCCUGGGUAGCACAGCUGGGCUGGGCUCGGGGCCCCAGGACAGCCUCAGUGACCAUUUUACCCUGUCCUUCUGGAUGAAGCAUGGCGUGACUCCCAACAAGGGCAAGAAGGAAGAGGAAACCAUUGUGUGUAACACGGUCCAGAAUGAGGACGGCUUCUCUCACUACUCACUGACUGUCCAUGGCUGCAGAAUUGCCUUCCUUUACUGGCCUCUGCUUGAAAGUGCUCGGCCAGUCAAGUUUCUCUGGAAGCUGGAGCAGGUCUGCGAUGACGAGUGGCACCACUAUGCCUUGAACCUUGAGUUCCCCACAGUCACACUCUAUGCUGAUGGCAUCUCCUUUGACCCUGCCCUCAUCCACGACAAUGGACUCAUCCACCCUCCCCGAAGGGAGCCUGCACUCAUGAUUGGGGCCUGUUGGGCCGAGGAGAAGAACAAAGAGAAGGAAAAGGGAGGCGACAACAGUACGGACGCCACACCAGGAGACCCCUUGCCGAUCCACCACUACUUCCACGGCUACCUGGCUGGUUUCAGCGUGCGCUCAGGCCGCCUGGAGAGCCGUGAGGUCAUCGAGUGCCUCUAUGCAUGUCGGGAGGGGCUGGACUAUAGGGAUUUCGAGAGCCUGGGCAAAGGCAUGAAGGUCCACGUGAACCCCUCGCAGUCCCUGCUCACCCUGGAGGGGGAUGAUGUGGAGACCUUCAACCAUGCCCUGCAGCAUGUGGCUUACAUGAACACUCUGCGCUUUGCCACGCCUGGCGUCAGGCCCCUGCGCCUCACCACUGCGGUCAAGUGCUUCAGUGAAGAAUCCUGUGUCUCCAUCCCCGAAGUGGAGGGCUACGUGGUGGUACUCCAGCCUGAUGCCCCCCAGAUUCUGCUUAGUGGCACUGCUCAUUUUGCCCGCCCAGCUGUGGACUUCGAAGGACCUGAGGGGGUCCCUUUGUUCCCUGAUCUUCAAAUCACUUGCUCCAUUUCUCAUCAAGUGGAGGCCAAAAAGGAUGAGAGCUGGCAGGGCACAGUGACAGACACGCGCAUGUCGGAUGAGAUCGUGCACAACCUGGACGGCUGUGAGAUUUCUCUGGUGGGGGAUGACCUGGACCCCGAGCGGGAGAGCCUACUCUUGGACAUGGCGUCCUUGCAGCAGCGAGGACUGGAGCUCACCAACACGUCCGCCUACCUCACUAUUGCUGGGGUGGAGAGCAUCACGGUGUAUGAGGAGAUCCUGAGGCAGGCUCGUUACCGGCUGCGACACGGAGCUGCCCUCUAUGCCCGGAAAUUCCGGCUUUCCUGCUCAGAAAUGAACGGGCGUUACUCCAGCAAUGAGUUCGUGGUGGAGGUCAGCGUCCUGCACAGCAUGAACCGGGUGGCCCACCCCAGCCACAUGCUCAGCUCCCAGCAGUUCCUGCACCGAGGUCACCAGCCCCCGCCCGAGAUGGCCGGACACAGCCUGGCGAGCUCCCACCGCAACUCCAUGGUCCCCAGUGCCGCGACCCUCAUCAUUGUGGUGUGUGUGGGUUUCCUGGUGCUCAUGGUCGUCCUGGGCCUCGUGCGCAUCCACUCGCUGCACCGCCGUGUCUCGGGGGCUGGAGGGACCCCAGGGGCCUCCAGUGACCCCAAGGACCCCGACCUCUUCUGGGACGACUCAGCUCUCACCAUUAUUGUCAACCCCAUGGAGUCCUACCAGAGCCGGCAGGCCUGCGUGGCUGGCGCUGCAGGUGGCCAGCAGGAGGACGAGGACAGCAGCGACUCUGAGGCAGCCGACUCGCCCAGCAGUGACGAGAGACGCAUCAUCGAGACCCCUCCUCACCGCUACUAAGGCCUCCAUCGCCUCCCCCCCUCCCCAGCCCAACAGAAAGAGAGAAUUUUCCCCGGGUGAGACAGACACCCCCAGAAGGGAGAGAAGGACAUUCUGAGAGAAGAGAGCCUGGGAGGGAGGGAACUCUUGGAACGAGUCAUGCAUCCCGUAACCUCAGAAUCCCCUGGGAUCCCCCCCAUCCCCCUACCCCUCACUCACCCACAGCCCCCCUCUGUGCCUCUGGGCGCUGACUCCCCUGGUGUGGGAGACUUUGGCUGCCUUUUCUACCCCCAGGCAGCCGCCCCCUUCCCUGUCUUGCCCCCCAGUAACCUGCGCUAUAAUGGGGGGGGGUUAGGGACUGAAGGAGACCCUGUCCUUUAUCCUCCCCCACUCUCCUGUCCACAGAGCCCCUGAUCCAGACCCCCCCUCCAAAGCUGGGCCUUCCCUGCUUCUCUUACGACCACCCCUUCCCAUUUCACUCUGGGGACCCCUGCUUCUUCUCCUGGUCCCCUUCCCUCCUCUUUCGUCCCCUUUCCCCUCCUCUCCUGGCCUGAGGUCCCACAGCCCCUUCCUGCAGGACCUGGUUGUGGCUGGGUUGUGGGGAUGGGAGCCGGGGUGGGGGCCCCGGGUGUAUUAUAUAUAAUGUAUAUUUUUUCAUGUCGUCGUGAGCGCAGCCCCUGUGUUCUGUGUGCAGCCUCGUGUGUGCGUGUGGCAUCGUUAAGUCCUGGGGUGGGGGUAGGGGGAUGGGUGUGGUGGGACAGGGGACACAUCCUAGGGUUUUCAAAUAAAACAACCAGAAAAAAGCUAA